UAGCACGCUUUGCGUAGAAGGUACUGAGCAAUGCGCAGUUAUGAUGUACUCCAACCCCCCCUAGAUGUCUGCGUUUGUUGGACCUUGCAGUUCAUUGGACGUGGGGAUUUGACACAAGAGAGAGAGAGUAGCUUGAUUGCAGCUAAAUAACAAACAACAGACUGGACAGCAUUGAGAGGGCUUUGGGGAACCUUGGGAUGCAGUUGGUAGGUGUUGAGCGUGCUAAAUGGGAAAGGAGAAUCAACCCCAACUUAUUGCGCUCUCAUAUGUUCUUUAACUCGAUGAUAAACAGGACGUUCGGGAUCCCAAAAUAAAGUAAAGGAGACAGAGAUCAUUAUUUGUUAGCUUUCCAUCCUUUCGAUGCUGUUUUUAAAAGAGAAGAGGAGCUUCGAGCACAAUGUCCUGCCCCGGUAACCUGGUUUGGGAUGUAAGGAAGAGAUCCAUUGGGUAUAGUGACCCAAGUGUUCUAAGGAUCAACUAUAUAGGGAGAAGGGAAUUUGUCCAGCGCUUGAAGCUUGAAGCCAUACUGAAUGUACACGAUGGCUGUGUCAAUACCAUAUCCUGGAAUGAUACGGGAGAAUACAUCCUAUCAGGUUCUGAUGACACCAAUUUAGUCAUCACCAACCCUUACAACAGAAAGGUCAAGGCGACUAUAAGGUCAGGGCACCGGGCGAACAUCUUCAGCGCAAAGUUUAUGCCACACACUAAUGAUCAGCAGAUCGUGUCCUGCUCAGGAGAUGGCAUCAUCUUCUACACCCACACAGAGAAGUGCCCUGACCUCAACCGGCAAUGCCAAUUCACCUGCCACUACGGCACAGCCUAUGAGAUUAUGACCGUACCCAACGACCCCUACACCUUCCUGUCGUGUGGAGAGGACGGCACGGUGCGGUGGUUUGACCUGCGCAUGAAGACCAGCUGCACCAAAGAGGACUGUAAAGAUGACAUUUUGAUAAAUUGCCGCAGGGCUGCUACCUCGAUAUCCAUCUGCCCCCUUGUCCCCUACUACCUGGCCGUCGGCUGCUCCGACAGCUCAGUAAGGAUUUACGACAGAAGAAUGCUUGGCACAAGAGCUACGGGUAACUAUAUGGGACGGGGCACGACGGGUCUCUGUGUGCGAUUUGUCCCUGCCCACCUCUCCAACAAGUCGUGUCGUGUGACAUCGCUGUGCUACAGCGGUGAUGGGCAGGAAGUCCUGGUCAGCUACUCGUCGGACUACAUCUACCUGUUUGACCCCAAAGACGACCAGGCCCGCGAGCUCAAGGGGCCAUCAGAAGAGAGGAGGGAGGAGCUGAGGCAGCCUCCAGUUAAACGGUUGCGUCUGAGAGGAGACUGGUCGGACACGGGACCUCGUGCUCGUCCGGAGAGUGAGAGAGAGCGGGAUGGGGAGCAAAGCCCGAACGUGUCCCUGAUGCAGAGGAUGUCUGACAUGCUGUCGCGCUGGUUCGAGGAGGCCAGUGAGGCCCAGAGCAGUAGAGGGCGCUCUCAAGCCCGACCCAGAGGCACUUCUGCCCGGCCAGAGGUUGGAGAGGCUGCGUCUGCUGCCCCAACCCCAGGUCCCCAGGCUGCAGAGGGGGCAGUCGACAUGGACAGCCCUUCUGCUGCCUCCGCCACAGCUGCCCCUUCUACUGCCCCUACCCCAUCAACCUCUUCUCCUGCACCUGUUACUGCCCCUGCCCCUGCAUCAGCCCCGACGGAACCCGUCCCAGAAUCCACCGCAGCCUCCACUUCCUCCUCAGGUUCCUCCUCCACGGUCACAGCCCCACCCCCUUCCACCUCAUCCUCCAAUGAGGCCGCGGCGUCCUCUUCCUUGUUGUUGUCCUGUCCGGACUCGGAACAGAAGAGCCAGGCAGAGGCGGAGGCUGAAGCCACGCCCACUGCCACGUCCACUGCCACGUCCACACCCACAUCCACACUCACACCUACCGCCCUUCCGGAGGCUGUCCUCUCAGAGUAUGGCCCUCGCCGGCUGCCUGUGAGUUUAAUAUGCAGGCGCUUGCAGAGGCUCCUGCUCUUGGCCGACCCCCCAGGACAGAGCCCACGAGGAGGCCCUGAGCCCCCCCCAGACGAGCGCCCCGCAGGGGCCGCUGCCGACAUCGCCCCCCCUGCAGAUUCCCCCUCGUCUGUGGUAAACAAACAGCUCGGAUCCAUGACUCUGGAUGAGCAGCAGGGUAGCAUGGAAGCCUCAGGGACUGUAAGCUCGAGUACGGGUGGAGCUGCAGGUGGAGUGAGUGAAGAGAUGGCAGUCACACCUGGGCCUCCACCUGAGCCCACGCCCCUGCCAGCCCCCCCGUCAGCCUCCACCUCCUCCAUCACUGCUGGCACCAGCUACAGCAGCUCUGUGUCUGCGAGCAGCCGGUCUGGUACAUCAGAACCGGUUCUGAGUCUUCAUUACAGCACAGAGGGGACCAUCACCAGCACCAUCAAACUCAACUUCACAGACGAGUGGAGCAAUCCUGCCUCCAGCUCCAUAGGGGCCGGCACUGGUGGUCGUAAGCCUGAUGAGAGUCAGGCAGCAGAGAGAGUGGUCUCUCCUCCUGGUCAGGCAGCCCAGGACAGGCUGGCUCCUCCGGCCCGCUCGAGCGACUCUGACCGCGGCAAAGAGAAGGUCUCCGCCGCCUCUCAGGGCAGCUCUUCGGCACAGGCCCCUGCCCCGGUACAGCCCAGUGCCCCCCGCACAGCCGACACCGGGGGCCCGUCAUCCUCCUCCUCCUCCUCCUCUGUUCCCUCCUCUUCUUCAGGGACCCUGGGUGCCGGUGCGGAGGGGGUGGGGGGGGACGAGUCCUGCAGGCGGGCGGAACCCCCGGGAGAGGGAGAUCCCGCCCAGCCGCCUCGUGCCAACCAGGACUCGGAUGACAGCGACGACGACCCCAUCCUGAUCCCCUCUGCGCGCUACAGAGGAGGACAGGGACAGAGGUUUAAUUUCAGAGGAACACCAGUAGGGGAUAGGAUGAUCAGGCGUUCCGCCGCGGCCCGAAUCCAGGAGCUGUUCCGCCGUAGGAAGGAGCGUCGAGAGAUGGAGGAGAGCGAGACACAGAACAUCAGGAGACCUACGGUCAAGAUGGUGUACAAGGGCCACCGCAACUCCAGAACCAUGAUUAAGGAGUCGUGUUUCUGGGGCAACAACUUUGUGAUGAGCGGCUCAGACUGCGGUCACAUCUUCAUCUGGGACCGGCACACGGGCGAGCACCUCAUGCUGCUGGAGGCUGACAACCACGUGGUCAACUGCCUGCAGCCACACCCCUACGACCCCAUCCUGGCCUCGUCUGGUAUUGACUACGAUAUCAAACUUUGGUCUCCGCUGGAGCAGACCGCUUCCUUUAACAGAGACCUUGCUGAGGAGGUGAUCGCUCGUAAUGAGCUGAUGCUGGAGGAGACCAGGAACACAAUCACAGUACCGGCCUCCUUCAUGCUGCGGAUGCUCGCCUCGCUCAAUCACAUCAGAACGGACCGUCUUGAAGGUGACCGCUCAGAAGGAUCCGGACAGGACAAUGAAGAUGAGCAGGAUUCUUAAGUUGCCCUACUCGGGAAAAUCAGCGAAAGAGAAAAGAAAACUUCUUUUGCAGUGAAAGCACUUGGACAUUUUGGAUUUGUACGAGUCAUGAAAACAAACAUGUAGAAUAUUUCCUUAAAAAUGUAGCUCUAGGUCCAUUUGUAGGCCCCCCCCCCCCCCAUUCUUUUUUAUGAUGACUUUCUUACUGACGUGUCCUUUUGAGUUAUGUGCAUAUGAAUAAGAAAAAAAAGUGUGAAUGCAAGCCAGAUGAUCUAUAUAAAGACCAUGGAAGAGAUACUGAGGUGCCUGGUCUCCCCAGAGCAUUAAGUGCAAUAUUUUUGUUAAUGGCAGAGUUUGAGACGUGGUCCGUCGUUUAAGUGUGAGAUUUCUAACUGUAGCCCAUGAGGUUUAAAAAAAAAAAGGAAAAAGAAAAAAAAGAAUACCUGAAAACGUUUGUAUGACGGUUGUGCAUGUAAAAUAUGAGAAAUUAUGCUUUAAAAUAAACCAUUUUAUUGUUGGAAGAAACCUA